CUCUCUCUCACACACACACACACACUCACUCUCUCUCUCUCUCUCGCGCACUGUCUCGGCUGUUCACAUUCCCAGAUAGAAGUACCAAGAAAAUAAUCGUUCACUGAUUCAUUUCGUCGGACAGCAUGGCCUCUGGUGUCACAGUCAGUGAUGAAGUCAUCAAAGUCUUCAAUGACAUGAAAGUACGGAAGUCCUCGUCCUCAGACGAGGUGAAAAAGCGCAAAAAGGCAGUGCUGUUCUGCCUCAGCGAUGACAAGAAGAAGAUCGUCGUAGAAGAGGGCAAGCAUAUCUUAGUCGGAGACAUUGGAGACACUGUCGAUGACCCCUACGCCUGCUUCGUGAAGCUCCUACCUCUUAACGACUGCAGAUACGGCUUAUACGAUGCCACUUAUGAAACUAAAGAGUCCAAGAAAGAAGACUUGGUAUUCAUAUUUUGGGCCCCUGAAGGUGCGCCGUUAAAAAGCAAGAUGAUUUACGCUAGCUCAAAAGAUGCCAUUAAGAAGAAGUUUACAGGUAUCAAACACGAAUGGCAGGUUAAUGGUUUAGACGACAUUCAGGACCGCUCAACCCUGGCAGAGAAGUUGGGUGGAAAUGUGGUCGUAUCGCUGGAGGGGAGACCAUUGUAAACUCAGCAGCCAUGUGCCAUCUGGAUUCCACACGCUUUCAUCUUAGCAGCUGUCUCUAUCAUUUGAUCCUGAAGGAAUAAUCCUAGUUUGUCUUUAUUUCUUUUUUUCCCCCUAAUUUCUCAAGGAGAUCUCAUUAACAUAUGUAAGAAAAAA